UCUAUACAGCCAACAUCCUGCAGAUGGGAGUUUUACUUACACAAAAGGGUUCUGAGGGCAGAAAGAAAACUGAUUGGUUCAGAGAAACAACCAAUCAAUUUAAAGAAGAGGCGGGGGAAAAGGCAGGAUCUGCUAAAUGAAAAAAAAGACCGCAGAUGGGAGUUUUACUUACACAAAAGGGUUCUGAGGGCAGAAAGAAAACUGAUUGGUUCAGAGAAACAACCAAUCAAUUUAAAGAAGAGGCGGGGGAAAAGGCAGGAUCUGCUAAAUGAAAAAAAAGACCGGGCAGUUGGAUCCAGCCAUCUUUGAGGAGUGAAAAAUCACAGUUUUUGAAGGGAAUUAUUGAGAAAAUGAAUGUGUUACAAGAUUUGAGGUCAGGAGGACUUUAUAUACAGGAUGCAAGACUUGGAAGUGUUGGGCCUUAUCCACUUUACAUGGAAAGUUUUGAAACCCUUGUGGAGUGCAACAAAGUAUCUGACGAGAUCAUGGAUGCCUUGUUCCAUCUGUUCAGCAUGAAGCGACCAGGUAUACUAGCAAUCAAUGCUCAUACUCUGUCUCAUAUUCUUGAUGGGGGAGCAAGGGCAAGGAGCCAUUAUUUUAUCAAGAGGAACAUCUUUAAAAACACAAGGGAGGUUAUUGGUCCUUACUUGGAACACGGGAAUCACUGGACUUUUUUUCACUGCAGUUUUGUAGAUCGUACUAUAACAUAUCUCAAUUCGCUUGGGGAACAGGAUCAGCAAUAUGAUAAAAUUAAAAACAACUGGAGCACAUUUGCUGCAGCAAAAGGCUACCACGGACCAUGGAAAAGGACAACAAGGAACCAUUCUCUUCAGAGUGAUUCUAUUUCCUGUGGAGUUUUCACAGCUGUGUUUGCUGAGACAUUUCUGGAAGGGGAAGAGGGGUAUCUUACAUGCCCACCAGUACAUGAAGAAAGACAACGAUUGGGUCUGCUUCUUUUCAAGUCACUUGGCAAGUAUAAUAUAUAUUCACAUAUUAACAGUGUAUGCCCCAGUUGAUUCACUCCAAAGGCAAACUGUGCAAUGCUC